AUGGGACGGCAAAAAAGAUUGAAAUUUUGGAGCCUCGUGGAAAAGCCAGAUGAAAAUGUCACACUUUUCGAACCUACUAGUUUUCACGGUCCUGGAGUUGUAAAUUUACACUUAUUAAAUGAUUUUUGUGUGCUCUGUUGUGCAAUGCUGCGCUCUGCUGUGCUAUGCUGCGCUAAUUUGCAACGUCUUCCGAAUUUUUUCCCGGCUAUCCCCUUAGUUUUAAAUUCCCUCGUUUCGAGUACUUCAACCCCUUGCAAUGAUAUUUGUUUGUUGGUGGUGGGUUUCGAUGUUCAGGAUCAAGACCGUACCUCAGCGGGUUUUCCGACGUGCUUAUAUACCCGCUGGAAGGGAUCCAACCUUUUUUUUUUUUUUCUCAUUCUGGGCCCCCUUCCUUUCUUCUCCAAUUCCUCUCCAUGCUGUCACACACGCCUGUGCUUACUCCCCACGCAUGCAGGUGCGGUGCCUGUUUUAUGCAUUACAGCGGGAUACUGGAUCCUUCUGCAGUAUGACAAGGGGCGCGUCCACCGAUAA